UAGUGAUGGGACGAGCAACACUGGUGCGUCAGCACUGUGCCGAGAGCCCAAGAGUGAAACCCCGUAUUGGUGCGUGUAUUGCUUUAAGAACUAAUCACGUGACCGAUACAGGAAGUGUAUCGGUUGAAUUUGUCGCGCCAAAGUGUGUUUAUAAGGAAUCAAACUGUAUCAACAUGUCGUGGGUUUGUUGGAUGGAGUUUUGCUGUUGCGUUAUUAUGGAUCGUUCAAGGAAGUUUUCCCCGGUGUGGAAUCAUUUUGAUCUUCUGACGCCAAACAAGGUAAAUCUUUUUCUCCUUUGAGCACUGUUUACUGUUAGUUUUUCCAUUAUAUACCAUAUGUUUUUUGGGUGGCGCAUUGCAUUCACUUUAUCAAGUGAAUGCAACGUCACCUGUGAUACAUAUGAUAGUCAGUGAAAUAGCCUUACAGUUGCUUUAUUCAUAUUAUCUUGUUAUUACGAGAUCCUGAUAGAUACCCUAUGUCAUUGUCAUUUUUUCUUUGACAAGUGAAUGCAGUGCGCCACCUUAGUUUUUACUCUGUUCUGGUAAGUGGUUUGAAUAGUUUUCAGAUAAAUUCAAUUUUUAUGUCAUUGUAGGUGAAGUGUUGGCUCUGUUCUACAGAGCUGUCUUACAUCAAUAAGAGCACUUCAUCAAUGCUGAGGCAUUACAGAGCUCGGCAUGGUGGCGAUGAAGAAUCAGCAGAUACCCGUGAGAAUACCCCAGUUCCUAAGCAAGCAGUGGAUGAGGCAGUGGUCAACAUGAUCAUAAAAGACUGUCAGCCACUCAGCUUGGUUGAAAAUGAGGGAUUCAGGGAGCUCUUGAAGCUCAUCAUACCCUCGUAUGUUCUACCAAGCAGGAAGACCAUCAAGGCUUUGGUGAGCCAGAGGUAUGAGGAGGAAAAGGAGAAAACAAAAAAGGACCUCCAGAGCGCCGUUGCUGUUAGUUUAACAGCUGAUAUGUGGACAUCCAUGAAUAUGGAGGCAUAUCUAGCGGUUACUUGCCACUAUGUGGACAAAGAAAGCCAUGAACUCCAUACGACAGUCUUGGGAGUGCAGCAUUUUCCUCAAAAACACACUGCUGAAAACAUGGCCACAGUUAAAAAGAGCCUCAUGGAGGAGUGGGGCAUAGCUGCAAAGGUCAGGUGUCUUGUCACUGAUGCAGCAGCAAACAUGAUUUCAUGUGCUCGGAUGCUGCAAAUACGCCAUACCAUUUGUAUAGCCCAUACCAUGAAUUUAAUUGUGAGGAAAUCAUGUGAUCAGGUCGAAACACUUACAGAAAUACGCAACAAAACACGACAAAUAGUGACGUACUUUCGAUCGAGCACUACUGCCAAAGAGAAGUUCACUCAAAUACAGCAGCAGCUGGGAACACCGGUCCAUAAAUUAAUUAAUGAGGUGCCAACAAGAUGGAACAGCACCUACCACAUGUUUGAAAGAAUGGCUGAGCAGAAGGAGGCAGUCUGGGUGUCACUGGCCUCAUUAAAAAGGGACAUCACUCCACUGACUACGGAAGACUGUGACACCAUUGAAGAGAUGCUCAUGGUGCUUGCUCCUUUUGACCAAGCAACAACUGAACUGUCUGAGGAAAAAAGUCUCUGGGUCAAAGGUUAUUCCCAUGCUGAAAAUGGUCCACGUUGAGCUUCACCGUCAAGCCUCAACGGUGACAAAAACAGCUGCUAAACAGCUUGCAGAAAAUCUGAGAAAGCGGCUAACAGAAUGCAUCUCUAGCAUGGAAUCACUCAGUGUGAUGACACUGGCAACACUUUUGGAUCCUAGGUUCAAAACAAUUGGAUUCGUCAGCUCACUGAAGGCAACUGAAGCUGUCAAAAGACUGAAGUUGGAGUGUGCUGACCAAAUGAGGAGCCAAGAGCCUGACCCAGCAGAAGAAGGGCCUAGCUCUUCACAUGGAUCACAACCCAGUUCAGGGCACAAUCUCUGGGAAACAUUUGACAUGGAGGUUGAGGAGAACAAGAGGACCUCUAAUGCCAUAGCUGAUUCGAUACUAGAAGUCCAACGCUACCUGGCAGAAAGCAACCUACCCAGAAAACAAGACCCAUUACAAUAUUGGAAGAGCAACGAGAGAGCUUAUCCACACCUUCAUGAGCUUGCACUGAAAUGUCUCUGCUCACCAUGUUCGUCUGUGCCAUGUGAGAGAGUAUUUUCUAAGGCGGGGGAGCUGGUGUCAAAGAGGAGAAAUCGCCUUGGAGCAAAGACACUUCAGAAACUGUUGCUCCUCAAUAAAAAUGC